GAUUUUCAAUAUGCUUACGACCUGAACUAUACGAUGGUCCCUUAUAAGGAAGAGCCGCUACCUCUAUUUCCACCGCGAACGGCGAUUCCUCGUCCCUCAUCCGAAGCGACCGAGAUCUGGGAAGAUGAGGAAGACCAUUCCAGUUGCCAAAACCACUCUCCUAUGCGAAGUGUUGCUUCUCUUGGAACUGGAAGCAUCUCCACUGUCUCGACACCUGACAAUGUGACCACUCCAGAGUCUACAGGACUGACGGCCUUCGACUUUCACAUUGAUGAUAAGCAUGUCAGAGGACCACAAGGUCCUCAUCUAUUCAGAUCGUCGAUCGUGUCUAAUCCCAAAUCAGCUCUGGAGGUGGAUCUGGUCUACCAAGAGACACCUGUUAGCGCGGUGGGCCCUUACCACAGCCGAGCCUCGAAGCUUGAUUCUAUGGGUUUCAGACGUGAUACCCCUGUUCCAAACCAUUUACUGGCUUCAACUCCCCAGCCAGAACAACAAUACGCUGCCAGUGUCGAGCGGGUCUCGUCAUCUUAUACGUCCAGUGUUGGUGACUGGUCACCGCAUGAAGUUGUGGAGUGGAUGAAAGGCCUUGGGUUUGAUAAUGAGACGGUGUACAAGUUUUUCCAAAACGACAUCUCGGGCACAAUUCUCCUAGAGCUCCAGUCGGAGGAUCUCAAAGAGCUUGAUAUCAUGUCAUUUGGGAAACGACGCCAGUUGAUGAACGCCAUUUCAAGCCUUAGAAACAGUGUUGUUCUGAGCAGCACUGCUACAGGCUCUUCUCGAAACUCAAGUGUCGCAAGUGAUAUUCCAUCCACCCAGCGAACAUCUACUAUGAUGUCAAGCAAUAGUUACCAGUCAUGCCCAACAACGGAUGAAGAAAGCUUCACCCCAUUCUUGCUCGAGGGAGAAGCCUGUCGCAAAUGGCAAAAACAACAGGCGAAAAUCGCUCGGCUGGCAAAGGAUCUCCCAAUCGAGGCAUUUGGAUCGAGAGCUAUUCUCACUGGGGACCCUGGAAACCCCAAAACUGCGCCCAAUCUUUUGAAGUCCCCAAAAUCAGAGAUCACACCUUCUUUGGUGGCAUCUUCUGAUGCGAUGGGGCCCAACGCUGCUUCAGCCUUGUCUCGAGAAAAGCUGCGCGAAGUAAAGCCACGCGAUCCCCAGGAGAACGUGCGUAACUUCUUGAACUUCCAAAGCCUCGACAAACUCCGGACUGUCAAUGAUCCACCAAGCCCACCGAGGGAAUUCAUUUCUUCCCCUGGGUUAGAUUCGCCCGACUCGGCAAAAAUUACUCCCACGCUCGCCCAGAAGGUUCGGGAUCUUCCACGGCUCCAUAUCCCCAGCAUGCAUGGCUCGGCAGAUUCGGUUUCCACAGACAACAUGUCCGCCCUGAAAACUGUUACGCCGUCGGUGCUGUCCAGGAGGAACCAGUUGUACUCAGGUGAAAUGACGGCAGUUCCAGGAGGACAGUCAUCUCAUUUUCGAACAACAACAGCCUCGCCGGGUGAUUAUUACCGCACAGAUCCUUGUUACAGACAGGACACACCCUUCUCGGAGACAGAUGCGCCAGUUACGGCCCUUCCGCUUGACAUGGUGGCUAGAGAAGAAUCUCAGUCUGUGCCACCCGACAUGCGAUUCGGGAACAAUCAAUUCGUUAUGACAGAGCCAAUCAUUCGUUCAUCGUCAACAAACCCGGAGACACAACGUCGCCGUCCUUCGAUGCACAAUGUUCAGGUACUGGAUCCGCUCAAAGAAGGCCAGAAGUUGAGCCCGAUUGAUACCCCUGAGGACCUUCAGAGAGCACCUCGCGUAUCACAAUCUCGAAGCAACACCUCCUUCUCGACAAAUGAAAACGGACAGAUAGAUGUAGUCCGCAAAGGAUGGAUGAAGAAACGAAAGACUCGUUUCUUGCGCCAUGACUGGCAAGACCACCACUUCACGCUCAACGGCACUCGCCUGGCGAUGUUCAACGACGAAGACUCUGCGAAGCGAAAUUCCAAGGCCCUCGAACACAUUGAUGUCGAUGACUAUGCAGUGGCCUGCUCUUCUCUUGCAUCAAGCUCAAAGCUUACUGCAGCAUUCAAGAAGACUAUGCUCAAGCGUCGGGGGAGCGCCUCGGAUGAUUCGGUUUUCCCAUUCUCUUUGGUUCCUGCCUCUGGCAACGGCAUGACUGCGGACAGGAGGAUGAUGUUCUUGAACGGCAAAUCUCACCAUAUGGCAUGUUCCACUCGCAAGGAUUGUGUGGAAUGGACGCGAGAUAUAAUGCUAGCCAAAGCCCUCAAACGUGGUCGAGACGCGGGCGCCUCUGUCCACAUCAACGGCAUGAACAUGAUCUAA